ACCGCCUAGCGCUGGGUCGGCGAGCGCAGCCGGGGGAAGCGGAGCUCGGUUGCUUGGUGGAGAGCGGAGAGACUCGGCGGCGUGGCACGGCGCGGCGGGAGGUGGCAGUGCCGCCGCUGAGGAAGAGCAUGCAUGUAGUGUUCAGCAACAGAGUAUUUAAGGCACAUGAACGUCUAUGGCAAGUUCAUCAGAUGGUGUGACUGGCUAUGAGCAUCAGCUGAAGUUGAGCAUGGAGAUUGGGAAGUUCCAGCAAGCUGAGAAAAGGAACUGUUUGGAAGAGUUCUGCUAGACAUAGAAGAAGUGGAACACAUUCUUCUGCAGCAGUCAUUGACUCAGAAUAAAUACACGAAUUAAAAAUCAUUUCACUGCUGAUGAUAGACCGUGGUGCUUUUUGAUUCUCUGGUGGAUUUUAUUACUUAGGCAUUGCCAUUGACAUUUAUCCCAUUUAGUACGUCUUGAGUCUAUCUGUAAAUUAGAAAAUAACUGGACAGUUGCAUUUUCAUACUGUUUAAUAACACUUUGAAUGUUAAAUCAUUUGCCAAGAUGAGUGCUGAAGGAUAUCAAUACAGAGCUUUGUAUGACUACAAAAAAGAGAGAGAAGAAGACAUUGACUUGCACUUAGGAGAUAUAUUAACUGUGAAUAAAGGUACCUUACUGGCACUUGGAUUCAGUGAAGGGGAAGAAGCAAAGCCUGAUGAAAUUGGUUGGUUGAAUGGCUUUAAUGAAACCACAGGAGAGAGGGGGGAUUUUCCAGGAACUUAUGUAGAAUACAUUGGAAGAAAAAAAAUAUCCCCCCCAACCCCGAAGCCUCGUCCUCCUCGACCCCUUCCUGUAGCACCAAGUCCUGCAAAAGCUGAAGCAGAGAGUGAGCAACAAGCUUUUUCGCUUCCAGAUCUUACAGAGCAGUUUUCACCUCCUGAUGUUGCUCCACCAAUCCUCAUAAAGAUAAUAGAGACAAUUGAAAAGAAAGGUCUGGAGUGCUCAACUUUGUAUGUAACACAAAGCUCAAGCAGCUCAGCAGAAUUAAGACAAAUUCUUGAGUGUGAUGCCUCUUCAUUGGAUUUAGAAACUUAUGAUGUGCACACUUUAUCAGAUGCUCUCAAGAGGUAUCUCCUAGAUCUGCCAAAUCCCAUAAUUCCAGCAACUGUUUACAGUGACAUAAUCUCUGUUGCUCAAGAUGUGCAGAGCUCGGAAGAAUAUGCACAGUUGCUGAAGAAACUCAUUAGAUCUCCAAAUAUACCUCACCAAUACUGGCUCACACUCCAAUAUUUGCUCAAACAUUUCCUCAGACUUUGUCAAGCCUCCAGCAAAAACCUCUUGAAUGCGAGGUCUCUAGCUGAAAUUUUCAGCCCUCUCCUUUUCAAAUUCCAGAUAGCAAGCUCUGAUAAUACUGAACACCACAUAAAGAUUCUAGAGGUUUUAAUUACAAGUGAAUGGAAUGAGAGGCAGCCUGUACCAGCGCUGCCUCCUAAGCCACCGAAACCUAAUACUGUAACUAACAACGGCAUGAAUAACAACAUGUCAUUACAAGAUGCUGAAUGGUACUGGGGAGAUAUAUCAAGAGAAGAAGUGAAUGAGAAACUUCGAGACACUGCUGAUGGUACCUUUUUGGUACGAGAUGCUUCAACCAAAAUGCAUGGGGACUACACACUUACUCUGAGGAAAGGAGGAAAUAACAAAUUAAUCAAAAUAUUUCACCGAGAUGGGAAAUACGGCUUUUCUGACCCACUGACAUUUAAUUCAGUUGUGGAACUGAUUAACCACUACCGCAAUGAGUCUCUUGCUCAGUACAACCCCAAGCUGGAUGUCAAGUUGCUGUAUCCAGUCUCCAAGUACCAGCAGGAUCAGGUUGUAAAAGAGGAUAGCAUUGAAGCCGUGGGUAAGAAAUUACAUGAGUACAACACACAGUUCCAAGAAAAAAGCCGAGAAUAUGACAGACUCUAUGAAGACUACACAAGAACAUCUCAGGAAAUUCAAAUGAAAAGAACAGCUAUUGAAGCGUUUAAUGAAACAAUAAAAAUAUUUGAAGAGCAGUGCCAGACGCAAGAGAGAUACAGUAAGGAAUACAUUGAAAAAUUUAAACGAGAAGGAAAUGAAAAAGAAAUACAAAGGAUUAUGCACAACUAUGAAAAACUCAAGUCUCGAAUAAGUGAAAUUGUGGACAGCAGGCGUAGAUUAGAAGAGGACUUAAAGAAGCAAGCAGCUGAAUAUAGAGAGAUAGACAAGCGAAUGAACAGCAUUAAGCCAGACCUCAUACAGCUGAGGAAGACAAGAGACCAGUACUUGAUGUGGCUGACUCAGAAAGGCGUUCGGCAAAAGAAGCUAAAUGAAUGGCUUGGAAAUGAAAAUACAGAAGACCAAUACUCUAUGGUGGAUGAUGACGAAGACUUGCCACAUCAUGAUGAGAGAACAUGGAAUGUGGGAAAUAUCAAUAGAAGCCAAGCUGAAAAUCUCCUGCGGGGAAAGCGAGAUGGAACAUUCCUUGUUCGAGAGAGCAGCAAACAAGGCUGCUAUGCCUGCUCUGUUGUGGUGGAUGGAGAAGUGAAGCACUGUGUGAUAAACAAAACACCAACUGGGUAUGGAUUUGCAGAGCCAUAUAACUUGUACAACUCUCUCAAAGAACUGGUGCUACAUUAUCAACACACAUCACUCGUGCAGCACAAUGACUCUCUCAAUGUCACACUAGCCUACCCAGUAUAUGCACAGCAGAGGCGAUGAAGAUCUUAAUACUCUGGGUUGUUUGGUUUUUUUCUAAGGAAGAGAUUUGACAACAUUGAGGCCUCCGGAGAGAGAAGGCUCCUUUCAACCUUACUCAAGAUUUUGAGCUGCAGUGUCAAAGCUGUCUGUCUUCAGAUGGGACUAGAGCUUUCCUUCACAACUGCAGUGGGAGAGAUCACAGUACUAAGCUGUGAAUAUAUGUUUCUAAUCUGAAGUGCUUGGUUUUUUUUUGUUGUUUUUUUUUUUUUUCCUUCCCAAUUGAGAAACGGAAAACACAAGAAUGAGAAAUCCUAACCUGAUCUCCCUGCAGGGACAUAGAGGCCUUUAACCAUGGUGCUUGUUUACGACCACUUUUGAAGCUUUACCAGCUAGAACAUUGGAUUCUGCAGACACGAGAUUUAAGAGGUCUUUUCAUUCAGUUAUUGGAAUUUCUUGGUCACGACCUGGCUUGGAUUUGUUGUUGCUGCACUCAGUGGAUCCAGACACACAGCAUUGUGGAUUUUUUGGUUUCUGGUGAAUGACAUGUAGCAGAAUGGCACUUUCAUUUAUAAGGGACACUUUAAAGGACUUCAGUUACAGUAUGCUGUUAGGAAAAAUCGUGAUAGUGAAGUGCCAGAAAGUGUUUUGCUUAGACGUAUAAAAAUCCUGUUUUAUGAAAACAGGACUUUCAAUGGCAUACAGUCUAUAAUAGUGUACAUAGUAUUGGAUGGCUAGCUAUCAUUGAUGGAAACUAUCAAUACCAAACUGCUUCUCUUCUCCCCUUUCUGUUCGCUGAAAGCUGAAUUCUUAGACCAUGCUAUGCAAUACUGAAUUUCCUUUAGGCUGUAGUCUUCUCUGGAGCAUAUCUACAGGUUAAGCUUGUUUUUCUUUCUUCUUUCCUUGCCAUCUUUUUACUUUUUUUUUUUUUUUUUUUUUUUUCUGAUGAUAUGCUGUUGUUUUUUUUUUUUAAUGUACAGGAAGCCACCAAGAGUUGGCUUCAUAAUUAAAACUAUGAAAUAUUUUACAGUUUUCUUUGUACAGAAUAUUGAGCUACUAGCUCCAAGUUUUAAAAGUUCGGGGGUUUUUUUGUUUGUUUGUUUCAUUUUGUUUUGUUUUUGUUUUUUUGUUUUUUUGUGGGUUUUUUUGACUAAAUAUUUUGUUGGGCAGUGCCUGAUAAGCUUCAAAGCUGCUUUAUUCAAUAAAAAAUAUAUGAACCUUACAGAAUAUCAUGGACUCCAACAAUAUUGUUUCAGAGAUAUCUUCAGAAUACGGUACCACGCUUCUUUUGCUUUUUGAAGCAUUUUGAACUUCUGUCAUGAUUGUCUUUGUAUUUAGGAGAUGAAAAAUAUUGCAUAUCCUUCUCUGAUAAUGACUGCAGAAAAAACAGGAAGAUUUGGCUGCUGGGUUAGAUAGGUUGGAUUUCAGAAUGAAAUCACGCUUGGUAGUAAAUAAAGGACAUCUUGAUCUACUGUGGCAGAAUUUUUUGUUAGCAUGUCAAGUUAUUUUCAUUUCAUAUGAAGGAAGUUUCUCUAAACUGUUGCCGAAGUUUGUUUUUCGUGUUAGUAUUCUGAAAAAAAAAAAAGUUCCCAUUUUGGGUAGAACAGUUGGAUGCAACAUAGAGAGAAUUACAACUGGAAAACCUGUGUCUUGAAAACCAUAAGGCUUUCCUAAUUAACACUUUGGAUUUGUUUUCCUAACUUUGUAGAUUGAGGGAAUAUCAAAGUGAACACUUAAAUAAUUUCAGGCUCCAGAGAUUUUCAGAGUUGUAGUUCAGUUAAAGGAAACAAACAAGUAAGUAAAUUCCACUGAAGUAAACUUAUUAGUCAGUAAUUCUGGGGCAAUUCACUGAGGAUGGUUUGCAGUGGCCAUGUUUCUCCAUCAAGUUGUCUCAUAAUAGCUCUGCUUUAGAGAUACAUGUGGUUUGAUUCCAAGUAUGCAGUGCUUCUUAGGUUAUUGAUAAUAAUAACAAAUUUGCAGGUCUCCAGUAGUUUUUACAUUGUCUUCUGUUUUUUACAUUAUCCCUUCAUUUAAGAGGCUGUAAAUCUUUUAUUUUUAUUUGGUUUUUGUGCUUUUUUUGGUAGGUUGUCUUUGCUUUCCUAUAGAUGUAUUUUCUUGCUAGAAUCUAUAUCAGGAAACAAGAUUCAACCAACGCUGAUGUGUCAGGAUUGUUACCACUUGCAAAAUUAUAAUGAUUUUUUUAUUAUUUUUUAUUUUUUUAAUUUUUUCUGAAUAGAAUUUUUUGUCUUCAUGCCUUCCCUUCUGCAUUCCACUCUCUUUUCAAGCCUCUCAGAAUAGAACCAUUUAGAUCUGGUAUUCUAAUAACUGUUUUUUACUACAAAAAACAACAAUUGCUCUAGCACAAUGGUCAUAUUGCUGGGCUUGAAGUUACAAAUUAGCUCAAUAUACAACUUAACACUUGUAGCAAUCCAAGGUAUUCUUCAGACAUAUAUUAAUUUUUGAAUGUUAAAUAUUUUACGAGUAAAAUUGUAUUUUUUUUUUCUCUAUAAGCAAAAUAUAUGUAAUCUGAAUGGAUGUUUCACUUUGUAUUUCUCAAGAAAUUUCAUGGUAGUUAAGGCAUUUGGAUCUAAUUUUCCUCAUAUUAAGUAAACCUCUGCUGUGUCAGUGGGCCAUAUCCUUAGCAUGCCCAGCCCAGUAAGGGAUGUCAUUUGUUCCUGUCGUGCUGUACUACUUCACUUCAUCUGUGGUUCUAGCAGAGAAAAAAAUAGUGUGCGUGCAAAUUUGGCACUUGCUUUUAUUGCACAAGCAACAAUGAGAAAUAAGCACUAUGUUGUGGGGAUAAAUGCUUAGGGCUUCGUUAAGGGAAGUUCUGCCUACACAGGGUCUGUGCAAUUCACAAGGAUCACUUGUGCCCUUAAAGUUGGGCAUGAGUGGGUUUCUUUGGUACCUAGGUAUUGUGUGGCCUCUGUAUUUCCCUCCCUCCUUAAAGCACGGAGCUGCAUCCUGCCAAAGGCCCUAUUCACUGCAGAGUUUGUCCUUAAUGUACCAUACUGUUCACUCCAGUCUUGAUUUGAUCUCAGACUAAUAAACAAAAAAAAGAAAAAAAAAAAAAAAGAAAAGAAAAAAAGAAAGAAAGAAAAAAAAACAAAAAAAAAGGAAAAACAAAAAAAAAACAAAAAAAAGCAUGUGGAUAUAACCGAAGAAACACGUUGCUUCUGUGUUUCUAUUGAUGUGUAUUUUUUCCACCUGAUGUGAUUGAAAGGUGGGAAUUGUUUGGGUUCCUUUUUUCUUUUCCUGUUGUUUGGGGAAUUCUUACUUUCAUUGUAAAUCCCGGAGUUAUGCUGCGCUGCAGCAGCGGUUGUGCAAGGGUUUGGAAAGGUAUGAAACAUGGAGAACCAACACCCACAAAGCAAGCAAAAUUAGGAGUUUCUGUUUGGGGAUAUUGCAUGUGUGCAUCUCGUGCAUAUAUGCGCACACACUUGCUGUGUUUAUAUAUGAAUAGAUCUCAGUAUAGGUGCAUUUUCACCAAAUGUGAUCAUUUUGCUGAAUUCAGUAAGUGAUAUCAUUACUUUUGUGUAAGACACAAACGCACUAGGCCUUCGUGGGUGCAGCAUGUUUCCAAAUGCAGUUUCUGUGUUGUUGGGGGUUGUUUUUUUGUUUUAUUUUCUAAAAAAAAAAAAGAAAAAAGAAAGGAAAAAAGAAAAAAGAAAAGAAAAAGAAAAAAAAAAGCUUGUCUGUAUAGUUCAGUUAUCUUAAAUAAUAAUAAUAAUAAUAAUAAAAUCUUGUCACACAAUCUGUAAAACCAAAUCUUCAAAUUUUUUCUAUUUGGUGUCAACUGUUCUGUAGUAAAGAAAUGGCUUUGUCUUGUAAUUGGCAAUGAAAUAAUAAUGCUUGGGGAAAACAUGCAGAUGCUUCUAAUGGGGAAAACUUAACGCCGAUUUUCACACAGUGCUUUUGCUAUGCAUGGUAUAUUCAGUUGGGAAAGUGAAUCCUGGUAGUAUUUCUUUUUUCAGGGUCACUUUUAGAAACGGGCAGCUCAGAAACACAAUGCCUCCCAUAGGAUGCAGUUCCAGAAUGGAACAUGUUGUGUAGAAUCAUGAUGUAUUUGCUGAGCGGAAGGCUGAACUGGACUGGGGCGGAGGGGGGUGUCGGUAACGUUACAUUGCGCUUGUCCUAAUGAGACUGCAUUAGCUGCCCGAGAUGCUGCUAUUUUUAUUUUUAUUUUUUAUUCCUGUUUUCAAAAAAUAAAGCUCUGUUCUGUUAAAUGUCUUUAAAACUUUUAAGAUUACUUUGUUUUAUAAUGGUCUUCAAGGAGGUGGAGGGUAAAGUGGGUUGUAAAUUGCCUUCACAAGGCAACAGUGAAAACAUGCCUCCUUGGAAUUCUGUUCAAGCUAUAGAUUGAUGGAGCUGUGUCUUGUUUUUAAGUUGCUUUAAAAAUUGUAAUAAGUCUUCAAGCAGAAUAAAAGUUGUUUUGAAAAAGCA